AUGGCCUUAAGGUUGGUUACUGCCAGAUAUAACUGGGUUUCUAAGGCCUAUUACGGUGCAAGCAACCAGGCAAAACAUGCCAUCUCUAUCGAAAUCCCUGAAAUAUACUUAUCCAAAUCAAUAUUGGAAACUAACGUGAAUUCCAUAGACUCAAAUAUUAAUCGACUACUAAAUAUUUUGGAGAAAAAAUCAUCCGCUCCCUUCCUAGAAUCUUUUUUAAAAUACAAAAUGGAUGGCUUUAGGUCCAAUCUUUUGGACUCAAUUCGAUGUGAUAAUGAAGAACUCAACAAAGCUACCGCCCACCUUAUUUCAGCCACUUCCAAAUUAUUUAGGCCCAUAUUUGCCCUGAAAAUAGGAAAUGUAAUCAAACACCUAUCAACCCCAAAUCUAUUAUAUUCGGAUAAUAUUGAAAAAUUGAUUCAAGCGUACGAACUUGUUCACGUUGGUAGCUUAAUUCAUGAUGACAUUUUGGAUAAUUCUGAUAAGAGGAGGAAAAUUGCGUCCACUCAUCAGAAAUAUGGCAUAAAAUUGGCACUUCUUGCUGGAGAUAUUUUACUUUCCAAAGCUGCAUAUAUUAUCGCAAAUCUUGAAAGUCCUAUUUUGUGUAAAAAAGUCGCAAAAGUUAUCAACGAUCUAAUACACGGAGAAUUAAUGGAUAUUAGAGCUGAUGAUUUAUCAACAUAUUUUGAUAACUAUUUGAAAAAAAAUUUCCUCAAAACUGCAUCACUAAUAGCGGAGUGUUGUUCAUCGGUUUCUAUUAUCGCAAAUUCACCGCAAUGGGUUGUAGAUUUAUCGUACAAAAUUGGCUUACACGUUGGAAUGGCAUUUCAGAUUUACGACGACUAUUUGGACUACAAAUCUACCACUGAUGAUUUGGGUAAGCCUGCAUUGAAUGAUCUAUCCCAAGGCAUCGUUACCUUCCCACUCCUUUCUUUGGGAUCGGAAAAAUUCAGUGAGGUUGUUAAUCUAAUGCAAUCAAAUGAAUAUUCCAAGAUUUUGGACAUUGUAAAUGAAGAAAAAUCGCUGGAAAGAACAAGGUUGGCUGUGCUGAUGCACUUGGAAAAGUGCUUUGAAAUAUUUGACAUGUUAUCAUUGAAUGAAAACGCCAAAACUAUUUCAGAAAUUUUCGCCUUAAUAUAUAAAACCCUUACCAGAUUAUCUAACUGA